AUGGCAGCAACACGAAGCCUCAUAGCGGCAGCAGUAGCAGCAGCAGCAGCAAUAGCAGCAGCAGCAGCAGCAGCAGCAAUAGCAGCAGCACAUCUAUCGAUGUGCUGCAUCGGCGCAGCAGCAGCAGCAGCAGCAGCAGCAGCAGCAAGGAUAGAACAGCCAGAAACUGUUACAGCAACAGCAUCUAUAGCAGCAUCAACAACAGCAAUGACGGCAGCAGCAAUGUCAGCAGCAGCAGCACCAGCAGCAGCAGCAGCAAUGCCAGCAGCAGCAGCAGCAGCAGCAGCAGCAGCAGCUGAGUGUCUGCUGCUGAAGGUCUCAUUGCCCCCGCCCUGGCUUUUAACUGAGACAGCAGCUAACUCGCAGCAACAGCAGCAGCAGCAGCUUCUCCUGAGAGGCAAUAGCAGCAGCAGCAGCAGCAGCAGCAGCAGCAACAGCAGCAGCAGCAACAGCAGCAAGAGGGACACCGAAGAUACAUAG